AUGUGGCUCACUCUUCUGCUAGGCCUCCUAGGCUUCCUAAGCCUCUCCUUCCAGGCGCAGGCCUUUUACAUCCCCGGCUGGUCGAUCCGCAGCUACGCCCCGGGCGCUCCGAUCCCACUCCUCGUCAACAAAGUCUUCUCGGACCGCACGCAGCUCCAGUUCGCCUACCGCGACUUGCCCUUCGUCUGCCCGCCGACCGGAACCCGCCGUGCGGUCGGCGACGGCCUUUUCUCUGGCCAAAAUAUUCCACUUAACCUGGGCGAGGUGCUCCGCGGCGACCGCAUCACCGUCUCGGACAUGGAGCUCCACAUGCAGCGCGACACGCCCUGCACACUGCUUUGUCGCAGGGAGGUCUCUGCGCGUGAUCUGCGCCGCGCUAGGGAUAUGGUGCGCGAGGGGUAUGCGGUCGAGUGGAUUGUGGAUAAUCUGCCCGGGGCAACCAGUUUUGUCACGGCCGACAAGACGAGGAAGUACUAUGCUGCCGGGUUCAAGCUGGGCUAUGUCGAGCCCGGCCCGUGGGGCGACAAGGGCGCGCGUUACUUCCUGCACACGCACCACUCCAUUGUGAUCAGGUAUCGCAAGGCCCCCGGCAAGGCGGGCGACCGCGGGGAGAUGGUGAUUGUCGGGUUUGAGGUGUACCCCAAGAGCAUCGCUAAGGACGAGAAGAGGGAUGAAAAGGGGUGUCCCGAGGAUCUGAAUCUGAUCACCCGCAAGUUUGAGCUGACGGACAUUAGUGAGGACGAUGAUCGGAAGUAUACUAUUCCGUAUACUUACUCGGUGUUCUUCAGGGAGGAGAACAAUAUCGAGUGGCGCAAUCGCUGGGAUUUGUACUUUGUUAACCAGGAAGAUACGGGGAGGGUUCACUGGAUGGCCAUCAUCAACUCACUGUUUAUCUGCGCCCUGCUGGCUGCCGUCGUGCUGGUUAUCUUUGCGCGGACCGUUCGUGCUGAUAUCAGUCAGGGGCCGGCGAAGGACGGCAAGCCUCGAAAGGCCAAAAGCACUGGACUCCUCGAACAGCCUGGCGAGAAAGGAGGUCUCGUCGAAGCCGACGAGGCUAACGCCGAUCUCUCGGACGACGAGGACCCCCUCGACAUCACCGGCUGGCGACUUCUGCACACCGACGUCUUCCGUCCCCCGCGCUACGGCUACCUUCUCGCGCCCCUCGUCGGCUCCGGCACACAGCUGCUCUUUAUGGCCAUCGGCCUGAUCCUCCUCAGCGCAAUCGGCGUCCUCAACCCGAGCUUCCGCGGCGGAUUUAUCAGCUUCGCCGUGGGGCUGUUCGUGUUUGCAGGCCUCUUCUCGGGCUACUUCUCCGCGCGCGUCUACAAAACCUUUGGCGGCCGCGACUGGCACAAGAACAUGACCGUCACGGCACUGCUCUUCCCAGGCUUACUAUUCGCUGCGGUCUUUGUGCUUAAUCUCUUCGUCUGGGCCCGCGCAUCCUCCACAGCCAUCCCAUUUACCACCCUCAUCGGCAUGCUCGCCCUGUGGCUUGGCGUCCAAGUCCCCCUGGUCUACCUCGGCGCCCGGUAUGGGUACCUUAAGGCUGGCGCGUGGGAUCAUCCCGCCAAACCAGCCUCUAUCCCCCGCCAGAUCCCCUCCCAGCCAUGGUACCUCCCCCGCCCCGGCUCCUUAGCGGAUAUUCGCACCGCCCUACUCGCCGGCGCCAUCCCAUUCGCCGUCAUCUUCAUCGAGUUGCUGUUCGUCUUCCAGUCCGUCUGGCAGGACAAGAGCGGGUACUACUACAUGUUUGGCUUCCUGGCCAUCGCCACCGCCAUUCUUUUGAUCACUGUCGCCGAAGUGAGCGUGGUCGUGGUAUAUGUCAUGCUCUGCGCGGGCAAUUACCACUGGUGGUGGCAGAGCUUUUUGGUUGGUGGCGGGAGCGCGGUGUGGGUUUUUGGCUGCUCGGUGUGGUAUUACUGGGCGAGGCUGAAUAUUGAGGGAGUCGUGAGCAGCGUGUUGUUUUUCGCGUAUAGUGCUGUAGCGUGCUGCGUGUAUGGGCUGUUGACGGGGACGGUCGGGUUUUUGGGCGCGUAUGCGUUUGUUAGGAGGAUAUACGGGUAA